AUUUGUUGCUGGAGAAAUUGGAAUCGGUUGUCAUGGUAAUAUAUUUUCGCGCAUGAUCAGCAAGCUGACAGCCAUCACCGUCUGCACUCUUAAACACUGAUGAGUCUGUGGCUUUUCUUCUAGAUUACAUCAUUAAAUGUUCAUUAUGAAAUUCCAGUUCUUUGAGGAUUAAUGGUUCAUACAUACACUUCAAUACCGUGACCCAUUGACCAGUGAUGUAGCGAAGAUGAGACUGCGAGAACCUGCCAUAUGUGUACUUACUAUACUCACAGGGCUGGUACUUUGUUCUUACAGUGCAAAUGCCAUUGGAUGUUUUGUUUGUACCUCACUCAACAGAGGAAACACAGGUUGUGAAGACACUUUCAAUAAUACAGGAAAAUACUACAGAUCCGAGUGUAAAGCCAGCCGAGACGGGCGAAUGGGAAUGUUUCCAGCUACACAGUGUAUAAAGAUGGUGGCAGAAGACACUGAUGCUGGUUUUUCUUUGAUUGUGCGAGACUGUGUUGUGGACAAUGGAGGUACAACUUCAGAAACAGAGAUUGGGAGACAGAGCCACUGUGGCUGGAUGAAGGUCAUUAAGUACAAUGGACGUCGCAUGAGUGGCUGUAUUCUAAGUUGUGGGCAAGAUGGCUGUAACAUGGCUAGUUGGAGCAGAAACAUGUCAGUUGUUACUGUUAUGCUGGUUUUCAUAAUAACCAAAACACUGUGCUAGUCUGGAGUAAAACAUGUAUAUACAUAAAAUCAGGGGAAAUUCAUCAAUAUCAUUGUAAGCCUCCAUCCAAUUUGUACUAAAUGAAUCCAUCUCAACAAAUAUUAGAUGAUUCAUUAAAUUUUUUCCUGGACAUAAAAAUAUGAAUAUUAGAAAAACACUUCUGGUAUUAAUGGUUUUGUUUUGGGAAAUGAUAUCGAUUCCUUAAAUGAGGUAUUUUGUAUCCAAUGAAUGAUUGCUAUACCACUAUAACUACUAUAUGUAAAUAUGGUUACACAAUCUUCAUAAAGUAUUAAUACUGUUUAAUAAAAUUGUAAAGAGGAGCUCAUUGACUGGAUUUAUAUCUGAGUAUCAAAAACUUGCAGUUUUUAAUAUAGGUUUAUGAAAAACUAUUUUUCUGAACCUGUUUAAAGAUCUUAAAGCAGAUAUGUGCCAAAUAGUUUUGAAAUGAAUGUUUCAAAUAGACCAUUUAUACUUUUAGAAAAUGUUAUUUUGUAACCAAAGUUAUAUGUUGGAGAAAAAUCUUAAUUAGUAAUUAUUAAAUUUUUAUGUACCUAUAUUAAUAAAUAUGAUUUUAAAUUGUAUUCAUAAUUUGAUUACAAAACUGAUUUUAUUUAUUUUCCUGCUCUGAUAUGACUAUUUAAUAGGACUAUAAUAUUAUUACGUAAUAUUUUUUUUACUAUGUUAUGUGCAUCAAUUUGCAUGAACACUGUAAAAGUUGAUAUGUUCUAGAUUGCCAGUGAUCUUCAAUUGCAGGAGUAUUUGCCCCUCUUUGCAUACAUAUUUUUGCAAAACAAUGAAUGAAAAUGUUGCUUGUUCACUGUUUUUAGAUAUUGAACUGCAGCUUUAGGAUUGUGUAUAUAUAUUGAAUGUUCAAAUGUAAUUUUUGGAUUUAUUGUAAUGUCAACAUCAUCUGUGUUAUCUUGUCUAAUUGUUUUGGUAUUGAAGUUAUCCUGAUGUGUUUUAAGAUCUUUUUGUAUGAAAACAUUAUAAAAAUGAGGAAUAUAUAUAAAUGUUUUUUUUUAAUUAAUUUACCUGCAUUUCUUGAUUUUCAAUACAUCCAAAUACAACAAGAUACACUAUUCAUAACUUUAAUUCGUAUUUUUUUUUCCUAUGAAAUAUAGAAAUUGACAUUAUUGUGUGAUGAGCAAUGUGAUAAAUAAAAACAUGAUUUAAAACCUUUAAAUCACUGAGUUAGAUAAAUAUAUAUUUUCACACAAUAUAAAAAGCUGACAAGUGUGGCUCAAACCAAUUCUGUGUAAAACUGGAAAUUCAUUGUCAUUGAUAAUGUUUUCAACAAAACAACAAAUAAACAAAGAAAAUACAAGUGUAA